UGUCAACUGUCGGUUAUUAAAUAUUUGAAUCUGUGUUGUGCUUUUUGUUGAUGUAGAUAGUGUUUGUUUUUAUAUUAAAGUGUUUUGCAAUUCUCGAAAUGAGUAAACGAUCUUCUAUACUGAAACCACAGAGAACCAGAAAUGCCUUCGAAGAUGUUAACAUGGAUUCGCCAGGACCCAAAGAUGGUGAUACAGGAAGGUUCUCUAGGAAGGUGCGAUUCAGCAGCAACUUUGUCAAGACAUAUGUGACAGAGGAUGAAGGCAAAGAUACAAUCUGGGAUAACACUUAUGAAGAAGCCAUUGAAGAUACAGCACAAUCCACAAGUACAGAAGUUCUGCAUGUAACUAACGAAAAAGAAAAUGUUUUAGAUAAUGAACAAUCAUUCUUUGAGGUAGAGGAUGAUAAAGAAAAUGAUCUGAAUUUCUCAGUAAACACAUCACUGUUCAAAAAAGACACUGAGAAAUUCACAGUUUUCAAUGAUGAGGAGAAUUAUAAUAAUCAUAAUCAGUCAUUGAUUGAUCUGAGUAUAAAAUCGAAAAUAGAAUUUUCAAACUACAGCCAAACUUCGUUCAAACCUAUAGAUGUAACUCCAUGGUUUCCUGGUAGGGACACUAUGGUAGUAGAAAAUAUUCUUAAAGUCGACGAUAUUGAGAUGACUGACAGUUAUACAAAAGCUUAUGAACAGUCCAAUCACAUUAUAUUUGAAAAGCAACAGAAUGAAUUUAGUGAUAAUACACGAGACUGUUUGAACAUCACUCCUUCCAUUCCUUUACAAUAUGAUGAAGAAGUUUUGCUAAUGGAAACAUCACAAAAUGAAAUUGAGUUCACUGAGAAUCAUUCCAUGUGUUUAAAUGGGAAUGAAUUGGAAUUUACUGGACUAAUGUUGGAGAAUCCCAAAAAACACACAGAGAAAAUUGUUUACCAAGAUGAUGCUUUAAAUGAUUCAAAGUUGAAAGUUGGUGAAGCAACAGGGGAUACCAGACAUUUUCUAAAACAGGAUAUGGAAUUUAGUUUUCAAGUGAAUGAUAAAAUUACAGCUGUGAAUACAAGAGAGACUAUUUUGUUCUCUUCUGAAAAUAACGAUUUGGAAUUUACUGAGAAAAUUAUCCAUAAAGAUCAAGUGGAAAAAUGUAAUGAUGACAUGGAAUUUACUGUAGAAGUAGCACAGAUGACUGGAAAAGAUUCAAGAAAAACUAUAUUAUUUUCACCUGAGAAAAAUGAUUUAGAAUUUACUGAAGAAAUAAGUAAUAAACUAAAUAAUGAAAAACGUUCCAGAAAAACUAUACUCUUUUCAUCGGAAAACAACGAUUUGGACAUUACUGAACAAAUAGGAAAUAAAAUGUUUGAAGAGCAAACUUCACGUAAAACUAUACAUUUUCCGAUGUCCGAAGACGAUAUGGAAUUUUCUAUAAAAGUUCCACAAUUGGCUGAAAAUAAUUCAAGGAAAACUAUACUGUUUUCUUCAGAUAAUAAUGAUUUAGAAUUUACUGAAAAGAUAAACAAUGUGGAAUUUGAUAAAUCAUUGGGAUCCAGAAAAACUGCAGACAUUUCCAAAACCAUUCUUUUUUCAGACAAAAAUAAUAUUUUGGAAUUUGAAGAUGAAGUUGUUGCAUCGAAUAUCGUAAAUAGAAAAAAAUCUAUUGAAAUUAAGAAAUACAACGUAGAGGAAUCUGAGAAAAUCGUGCAUUUUCCAAAAGCCGAUGGUGAUAUGGAAUUUACCCAGCAAUUGUCAUAUUUUGGGGAGAAAAUCUUGGACAGGGAAAGUGCCAAGACCAUACUGUUUUCCGCAGAAAACGACGAUCUAGAAUUGACGGAGAAAAUCGAGGUGCUACAAGGUAAAACCGAUCGAAAUUAUUUGAUAGAAGAAAAUGGAAUGGAAAUUGCGGAACAAUGUGACAUCGCUUUGAAUAAAGUUGAUUCUAGAAAGACCAUACAUUUUCCUAAGUCUUGUAAUGACAUGGAAGUUACAAUGGAAUUGCCCAGUUUCAUUGGAAAUAGGGCGGAGAAAAUAGAAUGUACAAGAAAAACUAUAUUGUUUUCUUCAGACAACAAUGGCAUGGAACUAACCGAGAAGAUAGAUUUUAAGAAUGGUAUUGAAAAGAAAAGCGAUGUUGCUGUCACAAAGUCUUAUGAUGAUAAAAUAUUGGAAGUUGGAAAACAGAUAAAUAGGAAAACAAUUUUGUUUUCAGAUGAAAAUAACGAUAUGGAAGUUACCGAGAGAAUAGAUACAAAUUUGAUGAAAGGUAAAUCUGUAAUUGAAAUAGAUGUGCCAUUAAAUGAUAUUUUCGUAAAAAGUUCUGCACAGGUUAUAGAAGAAACUGAUAAAACUCAUUGUUGCACAUCUGCUCUUCCAUGUACAGAGUUGAUUUAUAAAGAAACAUCUGUAGAAAAAAUAUCUCUACCUAACACCAAUAUUAAUGUAGAAUCCAAUAAUCAUUGUUUAACUGUGAAAAAAUUGAAAGAAAAUGUUGAGAAUUCUAGUAGAACGAAAAGGAAAACUAUUUUGUUUGGCUCCGAAAACGACGAUAUGGAAAUUACUCAAGAUUUUGAUUUGAAUUUGGGGAAUGACCAAACCAAAGAAUUUAUAAAGUCAGAAGAUGUUGCGAAAUGUGACAUGUCUAAAACAACUGAUGAAGUGUUGGAUGUAAAUACUCAUAGGGUUGAAGAGAAAUCAAAGAAACAAAUACCAUUAGUUAAGACGAAAAUUGAUUUAGAAAUCUUAACAGAGAAAAAAAUGGAUAAUAAUCGUUUGAAAACUGGAAGAAAAACAAUUUUAUUUAGCUCCGAAAAUGAUGGUAUGGAAGUUGAGUCAAUCAAUUUGAAGAACACAAUUGUAGAUGAAUCGAAAAUUCCAAAAUUUAGAAAUACGGAUCAUUCAACGGCUAAACCAAUUCAUCAAAUGUUUGAUUCUAAAACAACUCAUACUAUAGAUAAAUCUACUGAUCAUCGUUCUGCUUUAGGAUUUAAGAAGGAACGUGUUACUAGUAGAAAAUUAGAUGAAACAAACAUUCUCCAUUGUAGUUCUGAUACUAUGGAAGUUACUAAAACUAUCGAUUUGAACGUGCAACAAGAUACAACCGAUCGAAAUAAUUUGAUACAUGACCCAGAAGAAAAUGGAAUGGAAAUUGCGGAACAAUGUGGCAUUGCUUUGAAUAAAGUUGAUUCAAGAAAGACUAUACAUUUUCCUAAGUCUAGUAACGACAUGGAGUUUACAAUGGAAUUACCCAGUUUCAUUGGAAAAAAGGGGGAGAGAAAAGAGUGUAGUAGAAAAACGAUAUUGUUUUCUUCAGACAACAAUGGCAUGGAAAUGACUGAGAAGAUAGAUUGCAAGAAUGAUAGUGAGCUCACAAAGUCUUAUUAUGGAAAAACAUUGGAACUUGGAAAACAGGUAAACAGGAAAACAAUUUUGUUUUCAAAUGAAAAUAACGGAAUGGAAGUUACAGAGAGAAUGGAUACAAAUUUGACGAAGGAGAAAUCUGUAAUCAAAACAGAUAUGUUUGUAAAAAGUUCUACACAGACUUCAGAAGAAGCUGUUAAGAAUCAAUGUUGUACAUCCGCUCUUCCAAAUAAAACAAUGCCUCUAUCCAAAUCCUAUUCGAAUAAGGAAUUAAGCCAACAAAGUAGUGAAAGAAAAACUGAAUUGUUUUCAUCUUUAAACGAUGACCUUCAUGUUACGAAGCUGAACUCGACUAGGUCAGAGAAUUACAUGAAAAAUAGUAUUUGCAAUCCAGUUGAUUUGAGUGAAGAAAAAAAACCUAAAAUCUAUAUUAAUUUAGAAUCCGAUAAUCAUUGUUUAACUGGGAAAACUGGAAGGAAAACAAUUUUGUUUGUCGCCGAAAACGACGAUAUGGAAGUUACCAAAACCUUUGAUUUAAGUAAAGUUGAUUCUCUCGUGGUUGAAGAAUGUUUUAAUGUAUCUAGAGAAGAAUCAAUUAUGUUGGAAGAAUCUUUGAUUUCGAAAGUGGAUAAAUUAAAUGAAAACUCUAAAGAAACAGAGAUUGUAGAUUUGGAGAUGGUAGAUGAUGUGAUGCUUGUGGAUAGAUUUGAUGAAAAUAUUUCGAAGAACACAAGAUCAAUUCCCGAGAUGGAAUCAUCUAAUUGCGAUUUAAAUAAUAUUCAAGGGACGUCUUAUAUUGACGUGGAUGAAGAUAAAAUGAAAUGCGAGGAUGAUACGUACAUAGAAAUAAGCUCGACUUGUCUACAAGGCACCGAAAGGGAUGUCUCCAGUUGCGAUUCGUCCACGAGGAAAAGGACGCUCGAAUCUGUGCAUAAAUCCUGCAAAAAGUUCAUCAAUGCAUCGAAUCUCAACAGUUCCGCAGAGAUGUCAAGUGAGAUAUCCUUUAGCGAAUCCUGUGGCGACUUUUCGAGGACUGCUAACUUGACUCCUCGAGUGUCAUUGAGUAACUUCGAAGCAACGGUUAACUGUACCCUCAAGCUGGAUCAGACGACUAUCCUGCAAGAAAGGAAAAAAGAACCCGAUGAUCCACUAAAAGUCAUAAAUCACGAUCUAAACGAUAUUCUGAGACGCAUUGGACCUAUACGUACGGAGACUAAGAACUUGGAAAAAUCUAACAGGAUUUUAGCCGAUUUUCGGAAUGAAAUGCGAAAGUACGAGGCACUUCUUACAUACAUCAGAAGUGAUUUGGAGGCUCAGCAGAAGGAGGACGUGAACCCCACGGACAAACCUUUUUUUGAAACUUUGGUCGCCGCUCCGAAAACUAUUCGAGAGGAAGUCAAAGAAAAGCAAAAACUGUGCAAUGGGUCUUUCAGUGCAGAAUUUCCUAAGGAAAGAACGUGUGAAGUGAAAGCACUUUUCGGCACAAUCCUUAUCCGUAUGGAGUUUGAUGAAACGAAGGGCUUGGUCCAGCAAACGGAGAUCGUGAAUAAGCUGUCACUUAAAACAACUCCAAUAAUUCGCUACGUCCAUCGUUUAUUGCUGGACAAAAUCAACGACAUGAAGACAUCCCUGGGUAACAGUUUUUCAAUACUAACACUACUCGACUACAUUCACUUGCAUCAAGGGAAGGUACUCAGGCAACGCCAAGAGUUCGAGGAGAUGUGCAAAAUCUAUUAUAACAAGAGAAGGCACGACAUCGAAAUAGAUGAGAACUUUAUCGUGAAUUGGCACAUCGUGGAAGUGCGUCUCGGAUUCUCCUGCAUCGUGAGGAUGGAUCCCAGCAGACUAUCAUCGGAACAUAUAGUCAUCCAGAGCGAAAUUGGAUACUUCAAUAACUGCGAGAUCCUCGAAUUGGUGACGGGAUGUACUAAGAGUCUCUCGGGCAUCCGGAUGUUCGUGGACCGAGUGUCAAGUAUGCUGGUGGAGCGAGGCGAAGAAGAACACACGGCAUACCUGGCCAAGUACAGUCAUCUUUUUAGUUAAAUGUUUUGUUUUGUGGUAAUUUAUAUAUAGAUAUUUAAAUGUAACAUAAAUCAUUUGCAGUUUGUAUAUUAUAUUUCCUUUGAAAGAAAUUUCUACGCGAAAUCUUGAAUUUGAACUGUUUCAAAAUUGUAGGUGAAAUAUAGAUAUAGAUUAUCCAUAAUGAAAAUAUUAAAUUUAGCACCACCUGCUGUUAGAUAGUUAAUAUAGGUGUUAAUUGAGUUGCAUAUGCAAAUAAUUAUUGUUACAUGGCGCAGUUUCCUGUGAAGAAUACUACUGUAUCCCUUUAAAAAGAAU